AUGUCACUAAGCUAUCACUCUGAGCAUCUUGCUUGGCAACAAAGAGUCAAACAAGAACAAUCAAGAACAUCUCAAUUUUAUAAAACUUUUGGGCCCUAUUCAACAAUAGACUCAACCCAAAGCCUUUGCAGACCUCUCUUUCCAAAUGCUGAUCAGCAUGCAAAACCAGUUAAUUAUAAAACAUUCAGGUAUAACCUUGGAUACACCUAUGGUGGCACCAAGCAUAUCAGCCAUGCCUUAGCUGAUGACUCUUUGAGCCGAACUUCAAGCUUUAGUCCUCAAAAAUCAGUAAUAAGGAUAAGAAAAGAAAUUUCAGGAUCUCCUGAAAAGAUCAGACAUCACUCAAGCUCACCAAAUAAAAUCAGGUCAAGGAGGAUUGAUAAAAUUCAAGAAGAAAGCCCAAGACUGGAAAAUUUGGAAAAAGAGUUGAAGGAUGUACAGGCUAAAGUUGGUACUUCUGACUUAGCUGCUGAAAAGUAUAUUAGGGAGUUAGAGGAAAGAUUGAAGACUGAAAGAAAGCAGAGAAUUAAGACAGAGGUAAAGAUUAUGCAAUUGAAAAAGACUUAA